AUGAAACGAUUGUUUCUUCUACUUUCUUUCAGUGCUCUCAUCUUACUUGAAGCAUACGGUUUCACCGACGAGACUGAUCGACAAGCGUUGCUUGAGUUCAAGUCUCAAGUUUCUGAAGACAAAAGAGUUGUCUUGUCGUCAUGGAAUCACUCAUUCCCUCUUUGUAACUGGAAAGGGGUUACAUGCGGCCGCAAACACAAGAGAGUUACUCGUGUGGACCUCGGAGGAGUGAUAUCACCAUCUGUUGGUAAUCUUUCGUUUCUCAUAUCACUUGAUCUCUCUAAUAACUCUUUUGGUGGAACCAUCCCUCAAGAGGUGCAAAACUUGUUUAGACUUGAAAACUUGGAUCUGGAGUUGAAUUUUCUGGGAGGACGUAUUCCAGUCGGUCUAUUCAAUUGCUCUAGAUUGUUGAAUCUUUACCUAAACCUAAAUUCUCUUGGAGAAAGCGUUCCUUCCGAUAUAGGGUUACUGACAAAGCUUGUUAGCUUAGAUCUAGCUGGAAACAAUCUGAAAGGAAAGCUACCUUCAUCUUUGGGAAACUUGACAUCACUUAGAGAUAUGGGCUUUAACGAUAAUAAUUUAGAAGGAGGAUUGCCAGAUGAUAUAGCUAGAAUGACUAAGAUGGUGCGUCUUAUUAUAUAUGAGAACAAUCUCUCAGGUGAUUUUCCUCCCGCAAUAUACAACUUAUCCUCACUUGAGUUGUUAAAUAUCUUUGGGAAUAGGUUCUCGGGUAGUUUGAGGCAUGAUUUUGGUAAUUCUCUGCCAAACUUUCGAGAGUUAUAUAUGGAAAAUAAUCAUCUCACUGGAGAAAUUCCAACAACACUUUGCAAUAUCUCUAAUCUACAAAUGUUGAAAAUGGGUCAAAACCACUUGACAGGAAGUAUUCCUACGAGUUUUGGGAGAGUAGGAAGUUUACAAAGUUUACUACUUCAUGAUAACUCUUUGGGAAGUUACUCUGCUGGAGAUCUUGAAUUUCUUAGUGGUUUAACUAACUGCACCAAACUAGAUACAUUACUAGUUUAUCACAAUAGGCUUGGGGGUGACUUACCUAUUUCCAUUACCAAUCUAUCCACGAAGCUUAUAACAUUACAACUUGGAGGAAACUACAUUUCCGGAAUGAUUCCUCAUGGCAUUGGGAAUCUCAUAAACCCACAAACACUUAGGAAAGAUACCAUCUUUUGUGGGCAACAUCACUCGAUUGGGUAUAAUAAGUUGAAUGGGACUAUACCUCCAGAAAUUAUGCAACUUUCCCUCCUUACUCUUAGCAUGCCACAUAAUUUAUUGACUGGCACUCUACCAAAGGAAGUUGGAGGACUAGAACAUCUUGUUACACUCUCUGUUGAGCAUAAUAAAUUAUCUUCUAAAGAAGAUUGUGAUCGGGAUGAAUGGAUUCUUCACGAUGAUCUCAUAGUUGGAUUCCCUCUUGCUGAGUGCUUGACAUUGGUUUUGGAUGUGGGACUAAGGUGUUCUGAAGAAUAUCCAACAAACAGGUUGGCAACAAGUGAAGCCACAAAGGAGUUAGUAUCAAUCAGAAAGAGGUUCUUUAAAGCAAGCAGAACAACCAGAGGAAUUGUUCAUGGCGAGCCUAGACACAACUUACCUUUAAAAUGGACAAUGACAGAGCUAAUCAACCAUCAAGAUAUCUUGACAAAGAUUAGAGACGAGAUCGAAUCGGUUUUAGGAGCCACGCGUCGGUUAAUCAAAGAAUCAGAUUUGCAGAAGCUUCCUUACCUGCAAGCAGCUAUCAAGGAGACAUUGAGACUUCAUCCAGUGGGGCCAUUGCUACGCAGAGAGAGCAACAGAGACAUCAAGAUCAAUGGGUACGAUGUAAAAUCGGGGACAAAGAUCUUCGUGAAUGCUUACGGGAUAAUGCGUGAUCCAACCACAUACAAAGAUCCAGACAAGUUUAUACCUGAGAGGUUACUUGUGGUGGAAGAGAACGCGGAGAGAAAGAUGAGUUAUCGUUACCAGCGAUAUAUGUUGGAGUUAAAAGGUCAAGAUAUGAAUCAUACUGCGUUUGGGAGUGAAUUAUAUUUUCAUCCAUUCAGUCAAAAUAAGUGA